AGCCUUUAUCUGGGAGCUGGGCAGGAGUUCCUGCCACAUCCUCAGAUCCCCUCCACUCUGUUCCUCUCCUCACGGAGCCAGCAGCACCACCAGCGUGUGGUGGGAGAGUGGGCACUGCUCCUGGGCAGCUCCCCGAUCCUGUCAGACCCUCCGCCCCAGGCUCGAAGCUGCUCCGCAGGCACCAUGCGGAGGUCCCUGCUGUUUGCAGCCAUUCUGGCCAUCAGCCUGGCUCGCAGUCUGGGGGCUGUCUGUGAGGACUCCCAGGAGCAGGUGGCGCCUGGUGGGGGCCACAACAAGAAGGACGCGGACCUCUACAAGUUGCCCCCGUCCUUGCUCCGGAAACUCUAUGACAGCCGCUCAGUCUCUCUGGAUGGAUUGCUCAAAAUGCUGAGCAAGGCUAGCCUGGAUCCUAAGGAAUCGCCACUUCCCCAGAAACGUGACAUGCACGACUUCUUUGUGGGACUUAUGGGCAAGAGGAACAUCCAGCCGGACCCUUCUACUGACGUAAACCAAGAGAACAUCCCCAGCUUCGGCACCCUCAAGUACCCCCCCAAUGUGGAAUGAGCACUCCACUUCUGGACCCCUGGGCUGCAUCAUGAAGACACCUGUCACCCCCUCCCAACCCCCAGCUGCACAUGCUCCUAUUUCCCCUUUUUUCCCCCAUCCUUGUAACGCUCCUGUGCUUUGACUCCUUCCCCAUCCCUCUACCCCACCGUGAUGUAGAAACCGCAGAGCGAGCAUCCUCGGUCCCCGUGGGCAUUGACUUGCAUUCCCCUGGGUUUCUGGAGUGUCCUCCGUUAAAAAUAUGACGUCUCUCUCUACUCCUCAACAAUAAAGGAUUUUCACAUAUGA